AUGAUGCAUCCCAGCUCAUCAACACCAUUUUCAGUCAAGGAUAUUUUGAGGCUGGAACACCAGAGUGGAUUUAGAAGGGAGGGCUCGCGCGCUGACCAAGUCUCUCCGGUGAAUCUUCACAUCAUUCGCGAAACACCGAUGAAGUUUUUCACGCAAGAUGUAGCGGUGGAGGAUGAGAUGAAGGAACAUGACACUUGCACUGAGAGCGAGGGAAUCCCCAAAGGCUCUCGCAGGAGGCCACGAGUGCUCUUCUCCCGAGCUCAGGUGAGCGAGCUGGAACGUCGCUUCCGCCAGCAGCGCUACCUGUCGGCGGCAGAGCGCGAGCAGCUGGCCUUCGUCAUCAAGCUGACGUCCACCCAAGUGAAAAUCUGGUUCCAGAACCGCAGGUAUAAGUGCAAGCGACAAAGUCAAGACAGGAAUCUAGAACUUUUACCCAAGAGGGUGCCUGUGCCCGUACUGGUCCGCGACGGGAGAUUGUGCGGAGCGACUUCUUUCCUCUCGCCUGCUUACAAUACAACUUUUGGCAAUUAUAACACUGUAAUUGGAUAUGGGAACAGCGGAGUGUGUGGUUGGAGUAACCACAAUGUGUCUGCUGACAAGAACACAGCAUUCAUUUUUCCGUUGGAGGCUUUCAGAGCCUGCUAUACAGAUUGA